ACACGCUACUGGAACUAUAUUGUCUUUACCAAAUCCACUUUCAUCUCAUACCAUCAUUGAUUUCUGGUGUUUAUACAUGUGUGUCAUGUGUGUGUGAACAUGAAUAUAAUUAUUUCCUCAUAUAUUAAGCUAUGAAAUCAAUCCUUGAAUCUUGAAAAAUCAAAAGCUAAAAAAAAAAAAAAAUGCACUCAAAAUUAUCAGUAACCCACCUCAAAUCAUCGCCAACCUUUCGUUUAAUCCCAUACCACCAUGAAAUUUUUUCCGAGAUUAAGUGCUGUUCUAGAAAUUUUCCUCAGUCUUAUUCUUCUUCUUCAGACCACAAGUUUCGGUUCAGAAUCGUGGGUCUGUUCCGAGGUGAUAAUAGAUGGAAGCUAAAUGCUAUUGAUGGCACUGCAGUGCAAGAAACUUUAAACCAAUGGCUAUCAAAGACUCAAGACUUCUUGAGUGAAGUGACUUCUCCUCUGGUGAAAACUGUACAUGAUAGAAAGCCUACUCCUGGAAAUAUGUUUGAUACUCAAGAUAAAGAGGACAUCUUCAUGGCAGAACAAACAAUUGAUAGUAGAACACCAAAUGGGAAUCUUUCCUUGGCCGCUGUUGUUUCCAUCGAGCAAUUCAGCAGGAUGAACGGAUUGACUGGGCUAAAAAUGCAGAAGAUAUUUAAAGCACUUGUUCCCGAAGCUGUAUAUAAUGAUGCCCGUAAUUUGGUGGAGUAUUGCUGCUUUAGGUUCUUGUCGAGAGAUGGUUCUGAAAUUCAUCCAUGCCUCAAGGAACCUGCAUUUCGGAGAUUGAUUUUCAUAACUAUGCUUGCAUGGGAGAAACCUUACAGCAAAAGAAAGGAUCCUCGAGCUAUUACAUCAGAAAAAGCUUCUUUUCAAACGAGGCGUGUACGGGAAAAGGCUUUUGUUCGUAUUGCUCCUGCUAUUUCUGGUGUGGCUGAUCGGUCAACAGCACAUAGCCUUUUCAAGGCUCUUGCUGGUGAUGAACAGGGCAUCUCCUUUAACACGUGGUCCACAUAUAUGGAUGAACUUCUCAAAGUGCAUGAAGGACGGAAAUUAUAUGAGUUUGAAGAAGGCCCCCAGCAUUCUAGUGAAAGAAUCCUAUGCCUUGGUUCAAGCAGGAAGCGGCCUGUCUUGAAAUGGGAGAAUAACAACGCUUGGCCAGGAAAACUUACUUUGACUGAUAAAGCACUCUACUUUGAGGGCGUUGGCUUGGGUGGGCAAAAAGGUGCUGUAAGACUGGAUCUUACAAAACAUGGCACAAUGGUAGAGAAAACAAGGGUUGGGCCUCUGGGAUUUGAUCUUUUUGACUCUGCCGUUUCUGUUUCCGCUGGUGCAGAGUCCAAAACUUGGGUACUUGAAUUUAUUGACUUGGGAGGUGAAAUGAGACGCGAUGUGUGGUAUGCAUUUAUUUCUGAGAUUAUUGCUUUAUACAAGUUCAUAAGGGAGUUUGGACCAGCGGAUGGUGAUCAAUCGGUGUAUAAUGUAUAUGGUUCUCACAAAGGGAAGGUGAGGGCUACUACUUAUGCUAUCAAUAGUAUUGCACGACUUCAGGCUCUUCAGUUUAUGCGGAAGACCUUGGAAGAUCCCAUUAAACUUGUUCAAUUCUCGUAUUUGCAAAGUGCACCCUAUGGUGAUGUUGUGUGCCAAACUCUAGCUGUAAAUUGUUGGGGUGGCCAAUUGGUUACAAAAUUUACUGAGGGAGGGUAUGUAAAUUCCAAUGAAGUAUCAGAAAGUAGCAAUCAUGUGUUUGACAUAGAUGGAAGUUUAUACUUGCGGAAGUGGAUGAGAUCUCCAUCGUGGGCUUCUAGUGCAUCGGUUGCUUUCUGGAAGAACGCUUCAGUAAGACGAGGAGUAGUGUUGAGUAAAAAUCUUGUUGUGGCUGGUAUGACUUUGGUAGAAAAGGCAGCAAUUACAUGCCGAGAAAAACACAGUGAGGUUGAAAAAACACAAGCCACAAUUUAUGCUGCAAUGCUCGAAGGGAUUCCUAGUAACAUUGACCUUUUCAAGGAACUUGUUCUUCCUUUGACUAUCACUGCCAAAAGUAUUGACAAACUUAGGCGCUGGGAGGAGCCACACUUGACUGCUGCUUUUCUUGCAUUUUCAUAUGCUAUUAUUUUCAGAAACUUGCUGUCAUUUGUAUUCCCAAUGACAUUGAUGAUGUUGGCUGCUGGCAUGUUAUUACUAAAGGGGCUGAGGGAGCAAGGCCGCCUUGGAAGAUAUUUUGGAAGAGUCACAAUACAUGAUCAGCCGCAAUCAAAUACGAUUCAAAAGAUCAUGGCUGUCAAAGAGGCCAUGCGUGAAGUCGAAAAGUAUCUCCAGAAUCUAAAUGUUUCGCUUCUAAAAAUACGUACAAUUCUUCUUGCAGGCCAACCUCAGGCAAGUUGGCUCAUAACUGAACUUGUGAGAAGCUUGAUAACGACUGAGGUUGCUCUGGUCCUGUUAAUGAGUUCAGCGAUUCUCCUCGUUGUCCCUUUCAAAUUCAUUCUUGCUUUCCUUGUCUUUGAUAUCUUCACCGGGGAGCUCGAGUUCAGGAGACAAAUGGUCAUGAGGUUCAUGACUCUGCUGAAGGAGCGUUGGGAUGCUGUGCCUGCGGCCCCUGUGGUUGUAUUACCUUAUGAGGGUGACGAGACACGGACGCUAAGUCAAACACGAGAAAUCAAUGACAUUGCAAAGCCACACUCAAUUCAGAGCAAUAGUAAGUCUUGAUAUCUUUGACAUGUAUACUUACUUACAGUCGGUUUAAAGAAAAGAGCAAGAUGCUUGAUUUUCAUUGUCUUCUUUUGUACAUAUAAAUUGGAUUCUAAAUUCCUUAGAAAUGUUAGGAUUGUUUUUCGUGAUCAACGGAAAGUUAUAGAAAAGGACAUUCUUUAGGGAAACCUUGCUAGCCAGAUGUAAGCAUAUUUUCUGAUGUGCGAAGCUUCUCUCUUCUAUUUUCUGGUAUGAUCUUAAUAAUUCUGUAUGGUUUCUUUCUCAUGAAUUAUCUAAUAACUCCAGUAAUACAUAAUCUUGAAUGCCA